AUGUCAGUAGCUGAAGGCGCCUCCGACACUGAACACAAGCAGGAAGAGAACUCUAAGAAGAAGACAGAUAAGCCGAGAUCAUCGUAUUUAAAACUUCACCAGAUGUCAGAUCCUUACAUGUGGAAGGAGCAGAUCCAUACCUUGAUGAAGGGCGGAGACAGUGAGUCCGAUAUUUCGGACUCCGAGCACUUUCUCACCAAGGGCGCCUUUCUCCUCACCCCUUCUCACGGCCUCAGCAUGGAGAAGGCGUCGGCCAUCUGCGAGAAAAUGGAGUUCAAAGGAUGCUUCUCCCUCACGAAGACAGCAACGGGAAUCUUAUUCAAGUUCUCCAGUGUCGAUGAUUACCAAAUGGUCUUCAAGAAGGGUUUCCACAAAGUGACCGGUUCGAGGUUUUACAGAAAGAUCGCCAUACCGUGCCGACCCCAGAAAACGUUCACUAUAUACGUCUACGACAUUCCUGAUGAUGUUCCGGAAGAGGAUGUGCGCCAUGCUCUCUACAAAUACACGUCCGUUGUAGAGGUCGUUCGGUUGCACUUUACUGGCUCGCCACGUGAAGGAAACACUGGUACUUCAACUCCGAAACCCAUAGAAAAGACACCACCUCGAGCGAUCACGAACAUUGAUGGUGAGCUGGUCAGCAGCAUGAUACCGAAGGAGGCUUCCAGCGUGGUGCGUGUGACGCUGGCGAAUAUUGAGGAAGCCAAUAUUCUUCUGCAAAAUGGUCUAGAUUUCUACGGUGCUACUUAUUUCCCUACUGAGCUGGCGACACCUGCUCAAGCUGCAAAACUGAUCAAGCCAAGCAGAGCGUAUGUUUCCAGGGUGAUGGGAGGUACCAUGUCAGCUCGAGUAAGGGAUCUAUUGCCGGUCUUCGACCAGCAAGGUUUUGCCAAGUUCGCUCCACCAGCGUCAAGACUUGUUAAGCCACGCGCAAAGUAA